AUGCCCAAGCGAAAUGGAGUGAUACCUAACGCGCACUUCAAGAAACACUGGCAGCGGCGAGUGAGGACGUGGUUCGAUCAACCUGGGAAGAAGAAGACCAGACGUCUCAAGAGACUAAAGAAGGCAGCAGCGAUAGCGCCGCGCCCCGCGGCCGGCCUCCUCAGACCAGUGGUCCAUUGCCCUACCUUCAGGUACAACUCCAGAGGAGCUGGUAUCAGUCGUCAUCUGGCCCCUCGUAUUGGAAUAGCCGUGGACCAUCGCAGGAGGAACAGGUCGCUGGAGGGUCUGCAGCCUGAGGCGUGUAAGAUGGCAGUGCAGCUGAGAGGACCAGUGAUGCCAAUCAGGCAGGUGCGACCAGUGGCGCAGGCCCGUGCUGUGACGGAGGACGAGAAGAAGUACAGCGUUUUUGAAGCAAUGCGACAGGCACGAGCUGACAAGAGGUUGCUUGGGGUGAGAGAAAAGAGGGCACGGCAGAAAGCUGAGGAGGAAAAGACGAAAAAGAAAUAGCUCACUAGGUUGCAGUGAACUGAUUUGUCCGUCUCACUCUUGUAAUUGUGUAAAUAUUGUUUAAAAAG